AUGCCGCCGGCCUCGACUCACACACAACACGCAGCUGUCUCCGGACCGCCGUUGUCGUCGCGUCGGGUCGCCACUGUCCGCCUCCUCGUAGCCAGCACAACUGCUCGUCUCCGUCCUCCACCUCGUAACUGUAAUCCGGCUCGACGCCUCGCCUCCGUCCACAAACACAUAUCUUCGUCUUCGUCAGCUGCCGCCUCGCAUCGCCGCCUUCCGUCAAAAUUGAAAACAAAGAAGGUGCCCGUCGUACGAGUUCACAGAAACAUGAGCAAUGAUCUUCUGAUUGUGCAAUAUAAUGGGGAAUGGAUAAAUGAAGUCAGUUAUGAUGGAUAUGAAGUUUGUGGUGUCUUCCAUAAAGAGAGUGAAAGUUUGGAUGAUUUAGAAGAAGCUGUGGAAAAAAAUAAUAAAAAGAGAUUCAUCUGA